CCAACCGAAAUGCACUGUUGCACAAUAUGAUUCAAUUGCUAUGGUUAGAUUCUGCCUUUACGGAAAGGAUACUCGGAAUGCCAGCUGAAAAUUACAAGGGCUACGUGGAAGCGGAUGCAACGCAGAGAGCUAAAAAUAUACCAUCCAAGUCUAUGUUUGUAAUCCAUGGGCUUGCCGAUAUUACAACGCCGUUCGAACAUGGGAUAUCUUUAGCGAGGGCUCUUACCGAAGCGGGUGUUCUUUUUAGAUAUAAUAGCUACGCUGAUGAAGGUCAUGACCUAGUAGGUGUCAUAAGACACGUCUAUCAGUCCAUGGAGGACUUUUUCCAGGAGUGCCUUAGUCUAGAUACGGACGACCCCAAGGCUUCUCCUGAUACCUGAAGUUUAGCAAGGCACGUGUUACAUCACGUGACCGCCUUCGAAAAACUCCAUAAUCAUAGCCACC